AUGAACGCCGAGUCAUCGAAAAAGCGGAAUCACAGUCCUAUGGAGAGAGCAAACAUAUUUUCUCUGUUAUUUUUCUGGUGGAUGAAUGACACCUUGAAACUCGGCAACCAACGCCCCUUGCAAGACGAAGAUCUGCUUUCCCUUCAAGAAGAAUUCAAAACAGAAGCACUUGUUGACAAGCUUGAAGCAGAAUGGCUUCAAGAAUCAGCCAUCUGCACUCGCAAAAAUAAACAACCUCGUCUAUGGAGGGUCGCGUUUAAUAUGUUCUCCUUCAAGAAAUACCUGAUGUUGGUGGCUGUCAAACUAACGCACUCUUUAUCCAGUAUCCUAACUCCCAUAAUGGUUUGGCUUUUCCUCUCCAGUUUAUCAGAAAAUGCGGAUGUGAAUAAAAGUUCUUCUAUACUUCAUGUUGUUGCCAUCUCGUUUCUUACAGUUGUCAAGGGAAUGACGCAUCACCAUUCAUUUUUCUUAGCUGGAAUAUCCGCUCUGCAGCUGAAGGUUUCUGCUAUCGGAUUAAUCUACAAGAAGGUAUGAAUUUCAAUUUAAUCUGAGGAAAAUUUUUAGAGGAUUAUAACAAAAGCUCUCACAAUCUCUAUGGUUCAAAGUGUCCCACUCAUGACACGAACAAAAGGUCAAUAGAAACCGUCUGUCAGACUUAUAAUAAAUGUCUUUGACCGCUCUGCUUAUAGCAGAAAACCCAGAGAGACGAGCCAAGACGUCCACACUUUCCAUUUCCGACUUUAGUCACUGUAGCAUUACCGCACUUACAGCAUAUAUUUUAGUACUUAUCAUAGCGUUUUCUUAUCCUGUUGCAAAGAGGAGUUAGCAUAACAAAACUUGGAAAUGUUUCAUUUAAAAAAGGGGAAACACCCAUUACUUUUUACUUACCUCUUACAGAUUCUUAGGUCAAAUCGACGUUCUUUGAAUGAAAUCGCAUCUGGUCAAACGAUCAACUUGGUCUCAAAUGAUGCCAAUCGAUUACUGGACGCUGUUUGGAGCAUGCUGUUUUUCGUGUUUGCCCCGAUAGAAAUUCUAUCAUCUGGGAUACUUCUUUGGUUUUUAAUUGGAUGGCAGGCCCUCGUGGGAGCAGGCUUUUUCUUGAUAGUGAUUAUAUACAUAUCUGUGCUUUCCAAGAAAGCGGGCCGUCUAAGAGAAAAUGCUGCAUCCGUGACGGAUAGACGUCUUGAGAUUUUGAACGAGGUCAUAACCGGUAUUCGUUCAAUUAAAAUUCACGCUUGGGAAUGGAACUUCAGAGAUCUAAUUAGGGACUUGAGAAUGUAAGUAUAAGUAUUUUUCAAAGCGAACAAUCGUCAAAAAUAGGAAACAGUCAGUAACAACAACUUCUUCUUCUGCCAUAACCAAAGUAAUUCAGCCCGUCGUACAGUGCAACUAACAACAGUUUUUCCUCUCUUCUCACUUCUUAAUCAUGCGCUAAUUUUACGCUUUAAUCAGUUAUAAAACGAUUUUGAGCGGGGAAAGAUAAAUUGGCUUUCUUUUUACUUUUGUCCACCACAAUAGACUUAGGACUCUUACGGCAGAUCUUGAUAGUACUUAUAGCCUCAGUAUUUCUCAUAGAAAAAAAUAAUAAUUUCAAAUAUUCUCCAUUUUUUUUCAGAAAGGAGAUCGGUAUUAUUCGUUGGAGAGGCGCCAUUCUUUCAAGUUUUGAUUCCUUGUACUUUACCAAUACCCUUAUUGCUGCGUUCAUCUCCAUCACAACACUACUUCUUACCAACAACCAUCUGACAGCCUUUCAAAUUUUCACGUUGAUGUCAACUUUGAAUGUUAUAAAAUUCUCUGUUUCUGUUUCGAUGGGGGAAACACUUCAUUUGUUAGCUGACGCUAAAGUGUCUUUUGACAGGAUACAGAAAUUCCUAGAAGUAAAUUCCUUUCCUGGCCUUGGUGAGGAUGACAUCAAAUUGAAGUUAAAUGGCAGUCCUACGUUUGAUCGUAAACACUUUGAGGCAGUUAAUGUCCCUUUUGAUAAGUUCACAAGCUUAUUCACUAUUCCCGAGAAAGAGCAUAUUGAAAAAGCAUACUUAAAAAGAUCUCAAACAGAAUCCUGGAUCUCGUUAAAAAACAUCUCUUGCAGCUGGAAUCAGGAAGAUAAAUCAGAUACAUUGCAUAAUGUCUCGGUCAAUAUUUUCAAAAAUCAAUUCAUCACCAUCACAGGUCCAGUAGGUUGUGGGAAAUCUUCUCUCCUGCAAGCAAUACUGGGUGAACUGCCUUGCAAAAGUGGCGAGAUUCGGCAUUCUGGAAGCAUCGCAUACGUACCUCAACUUCCGUGUCUUUUCUCGGGGACGAUACAAGAUAACAUUACAUUUGGCAAACCCCUUGAUGAGAUAAGAUAUCGAGAAAUUAUUGAAGCGUGCAGUUUGCACGAGGACCUCCAACAGUUCUCUAAAGGUGACUUGACACACAUUGGGCAACGCGGAGUAAGUCUUAGUGGAGGACAGAGCUCGCGUAUUUGUUUGGCCCGUGCGUUGUAUGCGGACAGAAACAUCUACUUGCUUGAUGAUCCUCUUAGUGCCGUUGAUGCCCAAGUGGGAAAGCACCUUUUCAGAAAGUGCGUUCGUGGCUUGCUCUCUGAAAAAAUCUGUGUUUUGGUGACCCACCAACAUCAGUUUUUGGAAAGUAAUGAUGAAAUCAUUGUCAUGGGACGAGGAAGCAUUGAGUGCCAAGGAAAGUAUUAUGACCUGCUAUAUAACAAAAUGUUGUCCAAGAAUACAUUUGCUGGGAAAAGAUAUCAGAGAAAAGAGUCUUUAAAAAGUUCAGUUCCUCUGCGCAGGCGUCGAACAGAAACGUCACUUGGUCUCCCUACUAUGGAAGAGGUUAAAGAUGAUUUAAACGAGGAGGGAGAGGACAGAAUGAUAGGAAAAGUAUCGUGGACUCUUUAUUGGAAAUAUUUCCGAUCUGCUCUUCCAGCCGCGCUGCUGAUGUGUCUCUUCGUUCUUGUAUUGUUUGUUCAAGGUAAUGCUUAUACAGUUUUUUGCGCUUGUGUUUUAUACUUAGCCGUAUUAGGUCAAUUUAUUGCCAGAAAUUCGGGAUAUGUUUCUAUUCAAUGGGACAAGUUUUUUUAAUGGUUUGAGGAAAAGCUGGCAAUUUUUCGAUGGAGAUAUUUAGCCUCUCAUUUCUGUUAAGUGUUUGUUUAUAGAUACUGUAUUUCAAUCGUUUGUAUGCUUGCUUGCUUACGUACGCACGACUGCCUGGCCGGUUGGCCGGUCGGUCCGCUGCUUGACUGAUUUUUAGAUGAAUCAGUUCAUGAACCUUUCUAUUGCAGUUGUUUUGAUAUCUCCAUACUGGUGGUUGUCCCGAAUUGCCAAUAUGUCUGAUGCGGACCAGCAAAGAGACCUCGCUACACUUGGCAUUUACGGAUCAUUAGUAAUCGGCGCCCUGAUUUUGUCCACCAUGAUUUAUUUUUUAUUCCUCUCAACCCUUUUGCGAGCAUCAGAGAAGCUUCAUGACAAGAUGUUCACAGCAAUCAUUAAGGCUCCAGUUGUUUUUUUCGACACUAACCCAGUUGGGCGCAUCCUCAACCGCUUCUCUAAGGACGUUGGUUGCAUGGACGACACACUGCCCCCACAGUUCCUUCUGGCAGUCCAGCUGUGCUUGUUUUCCUUGGGUGCCAUUUUACUACCUGCAGCAACUAAUUACUGGUUGGUUAUUGGCAUUGCCCCCUUGGUAUUACUCUUCUUUUACUACGCAAGAUAUUAUUUGAAGACAUCACGAGAGCUAAAGCGGUUAGAGGCCAUAAAAUGCAGUCCAGUAUAUUCACACAUAUCAGAUACAAUUGCUGGCUUGGAAGUGAUACGAUCUUCUGACAUGGAGGAAAGUUUCCUGCAGGAUCUAUACAGGCAAGUCUGAGUAGUUCUUUUAUAUGGCAUUGACCAAAAAUGAAUAUUACGCUAUUUACAAUCCCAGGUAAGUAAUAUCACGGUAAAUUAUCAUAUCUACCUUUGGCUUCAAUCAAUAAAUUUAUAGCCUUCCUUAGCAUUGAGUAAUUCAAGAAAACAAGUGAAGCACCUUUCAUAGGAUUUUAGGGUCACCAAUUUCAUUUUAUUUAUACAACAAAAAGAGUGGGCACUUUAACAUUAGGCGAGUCCAGAGCUCCUUGAUGAAUAGAAAGGGUAUCAGUUAAAUAUUGCUAAUAAUUGAAUUUAUAAAUGAAAAUAUCUAUUAUUUCUACUGCGAUUUAAUGUAGCUUUGAAAACUUUUUUAGAUACCAAGACCAAAACACGCCUGCGGCUAUAAUGGUUUUAGGGUGUGGCAAGUGGUUGGGCGUCCGUUUAGAAUUACUUUGUAGUUUGCUCGUCACACUGGUAGCGGCAGGAGCUGUUCUAGCAACACAAAUACCUGGUAUUGUAUACACAAAUAAUCCAUUUAUCCGGUGUCAUUGACUUAAAGCGAACCUACAGCCAGACUGAUGCUACUAUUUCUAAUAGCCCUUGCAGGAAUGUCACUAAUUUACGCAUUAGAAACCUUGGAUGCGGCUCAAUUUGGUGUGCAGUUGACGUCAGAGACAGAGAACCUCAUGACAUCGGUUGAGAGAGUGGCAACAUUCACUCAAAUAGCUUCAGAACCCGGAUAUUCCACCCAAAAUGAACGUCCACAUUCAUGGCCGACGAAAGGAAACAUAAGUUUCAAAGACUUGUCCUUAAGAUAUACUGAAGGAAGUCAUCGUGUCUUGAAGGAUAUUACUGUUGAUAUCAGGGAUAAAGAGAAGGUUGGUUUGGUGGGGAGAACUGGAUCAGGAAAGUCUUCCGUAGUAGCAGCUCUGUUCAGGAUGCCCGAACCAGAUGGCAUGGUAAGUCUUCAAAUGUAAAUUCAGAUUAAACGCGAUUAUUGCUCGGGGCCUAAGAAUUAUCAAGUGCAAGUCGGUCUUUGGAUUUCACUGGAUAAAUUCAGACUGUAAAAUACGUUUAAGUAUAAAUAUGAUAAGUCGAGGUGGAGAUACAGUAAAAGUUCACUUCGAACAGCAUUACGGCAGUACUACAUGAUGCAGUAGUAAAUUGAUAUUUAACAAAAUCAUCGGAUAUAUCUCAAUAAAUAUUUGGGUUUUUUUAAGGUAAUGGUCGAUGGAAUAGAUCUGGAAACAUUAAAUAUUCAGGAUGCUAGGCGAACAUUUUCAGUGAUAACUCAAGAUCCUAUCCUAUUUGCGGGAAGCAUAAGAGGCAACAUGGAUCCUUUCACGAAACUCGAAGACUAUGAGAUAUGGAACGCUCUGGAAGAUGUUAAAAUAAAGCAAUGGGUACAGCUGUUACCUGGACAACUGCAAUAUAGACUUACAGAAUCUGGAAGCAACCUGAGUGCUGGAGAGAGGCAGCUGCUGUGUCUCGCGCGUGUCCUAUUACAAAAGAAUAAAAUCGUUAUCCUCGAUGAAGUAGCCGCUAAUGUAGACUUUAAGACAGAUCGUUUGAUUCAAGAAGUCAUACGAACCAAAUUGAAAGACGUCACAGUGUUGACCAUUGCCCAUAGGCUAGAGACAAUUAUCGACUAUGACCGGGUAAUGGUCAUUGAUCAAGGCCGGGUGAUUGAGUUUGAUAAACCUGGUGCGCUUUUGAACAACAGAGGAAGCUACUUUGCUGAGUUAAUGAAAAGCUAUAAUGGAACUGUUGCUUCAUAA